AUGGACUCCGAGUACCUUCUUCCAAUACCCAUGCACCGGCCAUUCCUUGUAGAUGAUGUUCGAUACGACACACCCUUGCCGUUUCGUCGCGAUCUCAGACAGUCAAACCAGCUCAUGCUUGAGGAUGCAACACCGUCCAAGCCCUUUCGAUUAUCAGUACUCGAGCGUUUACCUCUAGAGAUUCGCCUGGAGAUUUAUGUCUUCCUCGGCGUUGAGUCUUUUGUUCAAUGUAUGGGAUAUGACAAACAACGUUCACCAAACCCACACGUUCUCUUGAAAUGGAUAAGUUACCGUUAUCCCAUGCCCUACGAAUUCUCAACACUGGAGAUCAAUAUACUUUGCCUCAAUCGCAACAUCCGCGCCGAGGUACUCGAUGUCUUGUUCCGCCGACACACGACGGAGUUUGACUUCGACUUGAGUAACAAGAAGAUUUACUACAACAAUUGGGAGGCGCUAAAGCCAGGCCAUGAGUUCACACCGGGUAUCUGGGAGCGCAUGUGCAUGGCGUCUUCAUCGUUCGAAUUUAUUCGACGCGUACGCCUCGUCGAGUUAUUUCGUGCUCGUUACGCAAGAGAGAAGCCUCAUCCUCCUCACAUCUCCAAGAAACAGCUGAAGCGACCAAUCAUUAAGCGAGCCGAAUCGAUCAGAUUUCUUGCUAGAUACUGCCCACUGCUGGUGUCUUUGCACAUUGAUGUCGGGCACCAAAGUUCUUUCCACAAAUACGCACCACCCAAGCUUCACGAACCCGUGGUGUUUGCCUUGAAGGAAUUGGCCCGGAGUUGUGAAACACUUGAGACUCUAGGUAUUGUCGGGGCAGCCGAAUGGAAGGGUUUAGAUGAGGAUGGUAAUGUGGAUAAGUUCAAAGACGGAUGGGUACACCGAGAUAUAGAGCUAGAUCUCAAAGUGGUCUCAAUCUGUCUUCGAGACGAUGCGACCGAGGCAUGGAGUCGAACAACUAUACGGGAGUACAUUGAACAUGGUCCGACAAUUCGCUUCCUUUCUCCUGAAGAAUGGACGAAGAGAGGAUUAGAUGUUAUUACAAUAGAUCCUGAUAAUUCGGGGUGGUAA